AGCGAUGGAAGAGUUAAUAGUUGAACUUCGUCUCUUUCUUGAACUCCUGGACCAUGAAUAUCUAACCUCAACUGUCAGGGAGAAAAAGGCAGUGAUAACCAACAUUCUGCUGAGGAUACAGUCAUCCAAAGGUUUUGACGUGAAAGACCAUGCUCAGAAGCAGGAGACCGCUAGCAGCCUGCCGGCCCCUCCUCAGAUGCCCCUGCCGGAGAUCCCUCAGCCCUGGCUGCCUCCUGACAGUGGGCCUCCACCAUUGCCAACGUCCUCCCUCCCAGAAGGUUAUUAUGAGGAAGCUGUGCCGCUGAGCCCUGGAAAAGCUCCGGAAUACAUCACAUCAAAUUAUGAUUCUGAUGCGAUGAGCAGCUCUUACGAAUCGUAUGAUGAAGAGGAGGAGGAUGGGAAGGGGAAGAAAACUCGGCACCAGUGGCCCUCCGAGGAGGCCUCCAUGGACCUGGUCAAGGACGCCAAAAUCUGCGCCUUCUUGUUGCGCAAGAAGCGGUUCGGCCAGUGGACCAAGUUGCUCUGCGUCAUCAAAGACACCAAGCUGCUGUGCUAUAAAAGUUCCAAGGACCAGCAGCCUCAGAUGGAACUGCCGCUGCAAGGCUGCAACAUUACGUACAUCCCGAAAGACAGCAAAAAGAAGAAGCACGAGCUGAAGAUAACUCAGCAGGGCACGGACCCGCUGGUGCUUGCCGUCCAGAGCAAGGAGCAGGCCGAGCAGUGGCUGAAGGUGAUCAAAGAAGCCUAUAGUGGUUGUGGCGGCCCCGCGGAUUCAGAGUGUCCUCCUCCGCCGAGCUCCCCGGUGCACAAGGCAGAACUGGAGAAGAAACUGUCUUCAGAGAGACCCAGCUCAGAUGGGGAGGGCGUGGUGGAAAAUGGAAUUACCACUUGUAAUGGAAAGGAGCAAGUGAAGAGGAAGAAAAGUUCCAAAUCCGAGGCUAAGGGCACUGUGUCAAAAGUCACUGGGAAAAAAAUCACCAAGAUCAUCAGUCUGGGAAAGAAAAAGCCAUCCACAGACGAGCAGACCUCCUCGGCUGAGGAAGACGUUCCCACGUGUGGUUAUCUGAACGUGCUCUCCAACAGCCGCUGGCGGGAGCGCUGGUGCCGAGUGAAAGAUAACAAGCUCAUUUUCCACAAGGACAGGACCGACCUGAAGACCCAUAUUGUGUCUAUUCCCCUCCGUGGCUGCGAGGUGAUCCCGGGUUUGGAUUCUAAACAUCCUCUGACGUUCCGGCUGCUGCGCAACGGCCAGGAGGUUGCAGUAUUGGAGGCAUCUUCCUCUGAGGACAUGGGCAGGUGGAUUGGGAUUUUACUCGCAGAGACGGGGUCAUCCACAGACCCGGGGGCCCUGCACUACGACUACAUCGAUGUGGAGAUGUCUGCCAGUGUCAUUCAGACAGCCAAACAAACCUUCUGUUUCAUGAACAGGCGUGUUAUAUCUGCUAACCCAUAUCUGGGGGGCACCUCCAACGGCUAUGCCCACCCCAGCGGGACGGCGCUUCAUUACGACGAUGUCCCGUGCAUCAACGGCUCGUGGGAACCGGAAGACGGCUUUCCUGCUUCCUGCAGCAGAGGCUUGGGAGAAGAGGUGCUUUAUGAUAACGCAGGCCUGUACGAUAACUUGCCGCCUCCGCAAAUCUUUGCCCGCUACUCUUCUGCUGACAGAAAGGCCUCUAGGCUGUCUGCUGACAAGCUGUCCUCUAACCAUUACAAAUACCCUGCCUCCGCUCAGUCUGUCACUAAUACCUCUUCUGUGGGGAGGGCGUCUCUCGGGCUCAACUCGCAGCUCAAGGGUAAAAAGCCCCCCGUGGCAUCUAAUGGGGUCACAGGGAAAGGGAAGACUCUGAGCAGUCAGCCAAAAAAAGCGGAUCCUGCGGCUGGUGUGAAAAGGACAGCUUCGAAUGCUGCCCAGUACAAGUACGGCAAGAACCGGGUAGAAGCAGAUGCCAAGCGGCUACAGACCAAAGAAGAGGAGCUGCUGAAGAGGAAAGAGGCCCUGCGGAAUAGGCUGGCCCAGCUCCGCAAGGAAAGAAAAGACCUUCGAGCGGCCAUUGAAGUGAACGCUGGCAGGAAGCCACAGGCGAUUCUGGAGGAGAAGCUGAAGCAGCUGGAGGAGGAGUGCCGGCAGAAGGAGGCGGAGCGCGUCAGCCUGGAGCUGGAGCUGACGGAGGUCAAGGAGAGCCUGAAGAAAGCACUGGCGGGCGGAGUCACCCUGGGGCUGGCCAUCGAGCCCAAGUCAGGAACAUCGAAUCCACAGUCUCCAGUGUUCAGGCACCGGACCCUGGAGAACUCGCCUAUCUCCAGCUGUGACACCAGUGACACCGAGGGCCCCGUGCCGGUGAACAGCGCGGCUGUCCUGAAGAAGAGCCAGGUGGCCCCGGGCAGCUCCCCCUGCCGAGGACAUGUGCUGCGGAAGGCCAAGGAAUGGGAAUUGAAGAACGGGACAUAGGGGACAGCAGGACUGCUCCAGCCUCAGAGACUGCACACCCCCUUGCCCGUGUCCUCAUCUGUGUGACGGCAGGAAGCUCUGCCCAGAGUGGCCUCAGCUGCGUGACUCCAGAGGCUUCACGACCGAGCUCUGAGGCCAGCGCCUCUCACCCAGGCCCACUUGCAUUCCUUCUACUGUAUACUGGCGCCUUUAAAAAAGAUGUACUUGUAAGACUUUGGUCCCCAACUUUGUUAAAAAACAAAAAAAAGUGAUGGAGAGGUGUUUGAAAGGAUGCUAUCAGGCAAAGUGACAUCUUUCUAACCAGUUAAGCCAUUGAUUUCACCGAUUCCAGCCCAGCCCUGGACUGAGGAUGGAUGGUUCUGUGAGCCCCCAAGUGAAACCUUUCGACGGGGAAGAGCUUGGAUCGCCGGCUGCCCCGGGCAUGAGUGUGGCUGGCGCCUGGGCACUGGGCUCGCCUCGCACACCCACCAGGAGGGCCAGGGGCUUACGCAGCCCUGACGUGGACUCUGUGUCUCGGCGUACCCUCCCCACGUGCCCGUCCCCCUCGUCAUCAGAGGUAAAGGCAUGAGAAAAUCACGCUGUGAAACAUUUUUUACCUUUUAUUAUUUUUUGGACAGAUGCUUUUGUCACCAAGACAUGAAAAGCUGCCAUUCUUCUUAACCUGUUUUUUGAGAAUUUUUUUUGUUGUGUGUCACACUUAGAUCUAAGGAUUUUUCAGAGGUUCCUUAUUUUAUUAUUUGUGCUACUUUUGACAGGUAGCGGGAGGGUUUUAAUCCUUCACUAACAGUGUGCCCUCCUCCCCCUUGGGCUGGCAUCCCCAGCCCUUAAUCCACAUCGGAGCCGGCAGGUGCUCCUCCCACCAGGAGCCUCUGGGGGCAGGGGCUGGCUCCUCACCACUGCACAGGACGUUUACUGCUGCAUGGGGCCAGGGCAGUCCUUCGAAAGGGAGGCAAGUUCUGGAACUUGUUCCCUCAUGGAACUAUAACACCUUAGAGCCUGAGGCAGGAAUUCCAGGGCCUCCUGCCCCUCCCUCUCCCUUCCUCCAGCUUGUCAAGUUAAACCACUAAGGUGUGGGUGGGCCUGGCCGUGCUGCCUCUCCUGAGUGGGGUGGGUGCGGGUAGGGCCUCUUUCCCAGCUUUCUUACUUGCCUUCUGUGCAAUAUCGCUUGGAGAAUUCAGAUGCCUAAGGCAUAAAGGAAGAAAAAAAACAGAGUUCAUGGUUUGAGCUGGUAUCUACUCCCUGGGUUUAAAAAUCAGAUUUAACUUCUUGGUCUCCCGGAGGCCGCUGUCAGGAAUUCUCCAUUACGGGAAGACGCAGUCACUGAUGACAAAAUAAGUCGCCCCUGAAAGCCUCCGCAGGCGGAUUCACGGAGACCAGUCCCAGCAGCGACCGCCCCUUCCCUGAGCAGAGAAUAGAGAGGUGUCACCCUUGGUGCAAGCCUUCUGUCCAGUGUCCAGAAUAUCCUUUAUCACGCAGAGGAAGAGACGGCAGGAAAACACUGACAAUGAGUUUCCCCCAGAUAUGCUUUCACAGCGCCAGCCAUGUGGCACACGGGACUUUCCAGUUAGGAUUCAUGUUUAAGGUGGUGGCGCUUGAGGCCUGCAGGGGCCACGUUGGAUUACUCGAGCGGGAAAGCGGUCUCCCAUGUAUAAGAAAGUUGUACAAGAAUUGGAAGCUGCUGGAGUCCACCUGCAACUUGAAUUGAUCGCAAAGCCAUCCUGCCGGGAGCGUUUUGGGUUCCUGAGCCGCCAGCCGGCGUUCCCCCUGACGCGCGUUCCUCCCGGCCUAGUCCGUGGAGGCCCAUGACACCAGCCUCCGUGAUGCCAGCUUCCCACUAGGACAUCCAGGCAGGUCGGGCGGGGAUGCCACACGUCUCAGGGCCGGUCCGCUGCGUUGCCGUAGAGGAGCCCUCCCUCCGGUGGGGACUUCCCGCCAUUGCAGGCAGCUGGGACCACUUCGUAUCACACAGAAUGCAUUUUCUGUAAAGGGGAAAACGUUCGCUCCCCCAUAGGUUUUGCUGCCUGCGGGUCAGAGAGUUUCCCCAGCUGAGGCUCUUGGGCUGUUCUGAUUGGGAGCCUGCUCUGCCCAAGAGAACUGUGCGAGGUUUGGUGGUUAGUAGGAGAAGCGGGAGAUGGCCAGCCUGAAGUCUCAGUCCUGGCCCAGCACAGGGGGGCAGCAGUGAGCCGGCAGGUGAGACGUCAGCGGCACACGGCGUGUCACGUAGGCCUGAGCCGUCACCCGCCAGCUGCCUUCCCAGGUAAGGAGGCCCCAGAGCCUUAGCAGGGACUUGCCCAAGGGCACAGCUAAUUGGUGCUCAACUCCCAGCAUGCACAUUUUGUUUUAAAAACCCAGGUUUGUAAUUCACUGCCACAACCAUAAGCCUUUUAAAGAGGAGGCAAACUUUCACGAAUCCCACUGUGGUCCGUGGAGCCUUUCAAAACGGGUGCCCUGGAAGGGGGCCCUGACAUUGGAUUCCCUCGAUGCCAGAUACGCCUAUGAAAUUUCACAUUUGAUCGGAAAGUUUAAAGCAUUUACUUCAGAAUAAGUUAUUUAUUUAUAUAUGUUCAAUAAAUAGUUUUUAAUUUAUAGCUGUACAUAUUCGACACACACGAGCCAUCUUGCCAGAAUUCUGACAGUGAUCUCAUUUUAUCACCCUCCUAAAACAUGCCCCAGGAACAAGCACCCCUUGCCUCUGUGGCAGCUGCGAGUGUGUCUGAUUUCAUAAUGAAGCCAGGCUGCGGGGGCAAGAGGCGCGACAGGCAGGCCAUGGCUCCCUCUUCCCAGAAUCUGGGGGGGAAACUAGGGCAGGGCCCAUCUGUCAGCAAGGCCGGUAGCUCCCUCCCUCGGCUUCCAGAGUCCACGGCUAUUGCAGGGUAACCAGUGCGGGUCUGCUGAGUCACCCCAGGCACCAGACUUGGCCCAGGAGCACGGGCCACUGUCCAUGGGGCCUUCCUUGAGACCUUCCCUUGGGGCUGGCAGGUGGCCAUUUACCAGCUGGGUCAGUCCCAUCUCGCCCUCUGUGCUUGUGCCCUGGCAUGGCCAGGCCUAACCUUCCCCUGUAGGUUAAUAACCCGUCCCAAAGUUAUUAUUGGCCAUUUCUAAAUAGACAAAACUACCCUAAAAGGUGGAGAUUUACUCCCUUUGAAAAGUCUGUUUUAAAAAGUCUGUCCUCGGCUCUGGAGGCCACCCCCAGGAAGGAGUUUGAGAUUCAUUAUCGUUCUGGCCACAAUUUGGCGCUUGUGCACGGGAUUCAAAGGGCAGUGUUGAAGCUAGGGUUAGGUGUAGGGUUGUGGGCAAAGCUCCCUUGCUGGUGGCCACACCUUACCUUUCCAAAGAGGCUGUUACCUCUACUCACCCACUAUUUGGGGGGAUGUAAAUUUUGCCCACAGACUUUGCUACCCAGGUGAGGUGCUCUGUUCAUGCCCCAAACUCAUGUCAUUUGACACCAUCCAAGGAUGGGUAACCUGGAGUGUGGCCGGUGACCUGCAUCUAGAGAAAAGGCACCUCACGCCGCAGGGCAGGGCCGACACCCUGAGCUCACAGGUGGCCCCUGCAGUCAGGUGGAUGUCCAUGCUUGAAACAGCCUCUUCUGGGAGCACAGCACUGGAGGUCUCCAGGCGUCAGGGUGGGCUGGCAGGGUGCCCUGCCGCUUACAUAAAGGUCGUGGCAAUACUUCCAUGUGAAAUUAUUGCCUUCCUCUUACUUUUACCAAAAUAAUUUUCUAAUGGGAACAGUAACUUCAAGUUCAUGAUAUAGUUUGAAGGAGAAUAAUUCAUUUUUUCCUGGUUGUCACUGUCUUAUCCCCAUGAUGGGCUGGGUUCAUACUGUGAAAUAAACUAAAGUAAAACCAAAACAUUCCUGCCGUAAACAUGUGGCACAGCACCGUGGGAACAGCAAAGCCACCUCUAUUCGUGAGUCCCCAAGCCAUAGCAGGCCACUGCAUCGUCUGUAAAGGGAAGGAAACUGCGCCUGGGAAGUGGUGGGCUUCAGACGCGUCCUUCUGCCCGCAGUUCAUGAAAUAGUUCCAGCUUUGGUCUUCCGGAAAAUCUCAGCUUCACCGUGCACAAGUAUUAUCCGGUCUUUUUAGUGUAGCCAUGGAAGAUACUUUCAAAAGGAGAUCUUCAGAUCAUCAUUCUUAGGGACCAAAGGUGUUUUUAAUGAGAUAAUCUUUUUGAUUUUCUAACAAGAAAGGAAAUACUUUAAAUUUUAACAUCAACUUUUAAAUGAUACUCAGAAUUAAUUGACCACGGCGAUAGGUUGUAAAAUGUUUUCAUAUUAAGAAUGUAAUUAUUUCCUGAUUGUAUUUUUUAAAAGCGAAAGUCAUAUUUAAAAUUCUCUUUGAAAGAAACAGGCAAAGAAACAGCAAAGAUUUUUUUAAAGUAAAUAUGUUGGUAGUGCCCAUUUUAAACGACUGUAAAUAUAGUUUCCCUGUUUCUCAAUGUAUUUAAUUCAUAAAGUAAAAAUUUUAUGAAAAGCAACUUGCAAGGAAAAUCCUAGUUUUCAGUCCACUCGCCCCAUUUUGUAGUAGCUUCACUGAAUUUCCUGCUUUCCUGGUUGAUUUUUCUACUGUUUCACGUGGUGUAACCCUAGACUGGCGCCCUUGGCGUGCACCUUUGUGUAUGAAUAAACUUCUCUCC